AUGUCUGGACGCGGUAAAGGAGGCAAAGUUAAGGGGAAGGCAAAGUCUCGUUCGUCUCGUGCUGGUCUCCAGUUCCCGGUAGGCCGUAUUCACCGUCUGCUGCGGAAGGGAAACUAUGCCGAACGUGUCGGUGCUGGUGCUCCCGUAUAUCUGGCAGCUGUGAUGGAAUAUCUGGCUGCUGAAGUGUUGGAAUUGGCAGGAAACGCAGCCCGUGACAACAAGAAGACCAGAAUCAUUCCCCGUCAUCUUCAAUUGGCCAUCCGUAACGAUGAGGAGUUGAACAAACUUCUGUCCGGUGUCACCAUCGCCCAGGGAGGUGUCCUGCCGAACAUUCAAGCCGUUCUGUUGCCCAAGAAGACCGCACCAAAAACCAGUGGAAAGGCCGCCAAGAAAUCUGGCAAAGCCCAGAAAAACAUCACGAAGGGCGACAAGAAAAAGAAGAAGCCACGUCGUAAGGAAAGCUACGCCAUUUACAUCUACAAGGUCCUGAAGCAAGUCCACCCAGACACCGGAAUCUCUUCAAAGGCCAUGAGCAUCAUGAACAGCUUUGUUAACGAUAUUUUCGAGCGCAUUGCUGCUGAAGCCUCCCGUUUGGCUCACUACAACAAGCGUUCUACGAUUACUUCUCGCGAGGUUCAGACCUCUGUCCGUCUGUUGUUGCCAGGAGAAUUGGCCAAACACGCCGUCUCGGAGGGCACCAAGGCUGUCACCAAGUACACUAGCUCAAAGUAAAUGUUUCGGAUGCCAUGCAUUGAUUAUCGUACACCAAUCGGCCCUUUUAAGGGCCAACAAAUGAUACUCGAAGAAGAAUUUGAAUUUCUUAUUUUAUUUCAUCAUUGUUAUUAUGAUGACAAAAGCGAUAAAAUAUGUUGCCGCAAAGCUUGUUAAC